CCCUUUAAAGAUGACUGAAGAUACUUCUAAACUAAAUACUUCUAAACUUGGAACCAAACAAUACUGGGAUGAUUUUUAUGCUGUUGAAAAGAAUAACUUUGAUGAAAACCCAGAAGACACAGGAGAGUGUUGGUUUUCAGAUUCAGAUGCCGAGGAGAAAAUGAUCUCGUUCUUAUUCGAUAACUUGAAUGAAUUAAGUAUUCGUGAAGAUUCUACAAUGUGUGAUGUGGGUACUGGUAAUGGCCAUUUAUUAUUUUCAUUAAGAGAGGAAGGUUUUAAAGGUAAAUUCACAGGGAUUGAUUAUUCUGAAAACUCUGUUGAAUUUGCUACAAAUAUAGCCGAGCAAAACGAUGUGGAUGAUAUCAAGUUUGAAGUUGUGGAUAUUUAUGAUGAAAGAUGGAGUGAGAACUGUCCAAAAUAUGAUGUUGUAUUGGAUAAAGGUACAUUAGAUGCUAUCGCUCUUAGUGGUCUAAAAUUUGGUGAAAAAACUGCAGUGGAACUAUAUUCUAACAUAGUACAAAAAAUGUUGAAUCCUGGAAGUGUAUUCUUGAUUACUUCCUGUAACUUUACGGAACAAGAAUUGACAAGAAUAAUAGAGUCUGAUAAUCUAAAAGUCUGGAAGAAAAUUGAUUAUCCGUCUUUUGAAUUUGGUGGUGUUAAAGGUCAAACAAUUUGCAGUAUAGCUUUUGUCAAGAAGUAA